UUAUAUGACAGAAGAAGAAGAAGGACAGGCACAAACAGUAAAGCGCUCAUACACGCGCAGAGUGGUGUCAACAAAGCAAACAGCCGAACAUGACUCUCAGUCGUGUCUGGACAUUCCUGGGCCUUUUAGCAGCAGCGUCUGCAGUGACCAUUCUCUAUCCCGGUCUUGGCGGCUCAGAGUCCCUGACCUGUGAGUGCCCGGACCACCAGUGUCAGAAGGUGUACUGGUACCGUUUCCUCCAGGAAACCGAAAAGCUCCAGUUCCUCGUGUUUGGUAACAGCGCGAACAGUGUGAAGCAUGCAGAGGGCAUCGACGGAACCCGCUUCAAGGUGUCUGCAAAUGAGGGGUCCAAGAUGACGUAUUCACUGCGCAUCACCGGCCUGCAGAAGAACGAGACGGGCUUCUAUUCCUGCAUGUUUAACAGUCCAAAGCAUGAGCAGAAGAGCCAGAUGCCAGCUGGAUACUACAUCAGGCCUGGAGAAUCCCCGCCCACUUCAUCGCCACCAAUAAUCAAGACUCCAAAGAAAACAAAAACUCGAGUCUGCCCAUCUAACAUUCAGCCAGUGAAAGGCUGUAAACCUCUGGUGCUUUGGCCAAGUGUUGGUGUUCUUCUGGUUCUGGCAGUGGUUCUGAUCUCAACAUUGUAUUACUUCAGCAGACUACCAAAGAAGUGCCGACAUCACUUCACCAAAAAGAUGCAGCUGUGAUGAGAUGGCUCUUAUGUUCAGCCAGCCAUGAAGCGCCGUUUGUGACCGUCUCCACAAUCACUCUCCACUAAUCAAGUUUGUAGACUUAGUUCUGAACGUAGAUGUUUAACAUUGAAAGCUUGUAAUUCAUCUAUAAAAUAAUUUACACACCCUUUUUGGCAUGUCUACAGAUCCUCUUAUGCUCUACAAUUAUGGUCAACAAGUCAGGCGUAAGUCAGGAUAACUGCCUUUGCACAAAUCUAAACUACUUCACUUUCAGUGUCAAAACAUCAGUACUGAACAUUUCGUUUGGUCUUCAUAACAUUUACUGUACUCCUUUACAUCAUGUAAAAAUUAACAUUUACGUUUCAAAGAAAGACAAAGUGAUUAGUGAUUAAUUGCCAAACUUGAAUGAGCUUCCACUGACAAACAUGCACAAAAACAUAGUUAACAGAGAACUUUGAUCAAAACAGGUAAAGUUUAAAACUCAUUUCUUGCUUUGGCGGCCUUUUAGUCCUGACUCUUGAAUUUCCUUUUUUUGUUCGACUUUGUGUAAAUGUGCUUAAUAAAUUAGAGAAAUGCCAGUCUAGUGUGAAACAUAUCUGCGUUAGGAAUUUUCCUUUAAGAAGCAGCUCAUGUAAAUGAAUGUAUAAAUUCUGUGUUACAGUAUGUCACAAUUAAAUGCAUAUCCUGA